AUUGGCCUCAGGUGUUGGCGUUCUUCCGAUCCGUUGUAAUUUAUCUUAAUGACAGUACAAAUACUCGCGCCGUUUCAAUACGUUUACGAAGCGGCGAGUGUGUUGAAUGACUCAUAACAAGCAACGCGGGCCCAGGUGUCGACGUGUGUCGUUCAGAAGCGAGUUGCACCUACGGAAAUGUCAUGCCAAUAGUUAUAGUCAAGUGUCAGCAAUAUGAGUUUGUCGUUAACCACUCCGAAUAGAAACGUGCGCGGGAACGGACCAAGUGGAAGAACGUGUACUACUUCGUUUAACGAUCAGAAAUCGGCGCAAGCGAUAAUGGUGAUUACCUGCAGAACUAUCGCGUAAAAUUCUCGACUCUACCAAGUUGAAUAAUGUCGGGCUGCUAACUUUAGUUCCAUUCGUUUCCUUAUCCGUUAUGUGGGAACGGGGAUACGGAAAGACGCAAAUACGUCCGAUCGACUGUAACGAAUCGCCCACGAGAUAAGAGCGAAAGACAAACAAGAAUAGGGGCGGCAAAGGAAAUUAAACCGCGCAACUGUUAUCUAUCCGCGUCCACGUUUAUCGCAAACAGAAAUGUCGCGCACGGUUUUAUUAUCCGGUUUUGUAACACCGACAAUUAACGGUGAAUCGCGACGUAGUCCUCUAAACGAAAGUGCUCCUUAUGUGUCGGGUGACAAACGAACGUGUACAACAAACAUUUUGAAAGACACAUUAGUCGACCAUUAUGGUGGUGCGAACAAAACGAAACGGGAAGGAUACAAAAUCAUAAAUAUGGUAAUGGAAUCUGGGGAGAACACUCACCUCCUUUGCGGCAAGUCAAUGUAUGAAGCCAUACAGCUCGAAGGGACGAAAGGAACGCAAAAGAACCAAGAAUCGUUAAAUGACAAUUUUACGUACUAUGUGAUUGACCCGAUGUGCAUGAACUUUCGUCUCUGCAUAUUCUGGCUGUUAUGGGUUACAUUAAUAGUGGUACUCGCUGUAUACAUUUUGUAUCAUUGUUGCUUCCCGGAAAAACUGAAUCAUUACUUGGGACAAAUGGUUCUCGCAAAUAAAACGCACGUUUAAAUUUUGAACACGUCGAACAAAAGACUAUUACUAAUCUGAUCCGAUGCCUCGAAUAAUAUGAAUAAAAAGUCAAUACAGAAGUACUUUUUGUGCUAUCAGCAAGAUAUAAUAAGAUAACCAGUUAAUGCCACGAGAUUAUAAUCCCGAGCUACUAUGGAAUGCAGGCGUGAAGAAGUCUAGAUUAGAAGCAAUGUAAAUAUUAUUUAAAUGGUAGAAAUUACAGCACGUUCCGUUUACGAACGAAGAAGUGAUGUAUCGUAAAACGAUGCGUACGAAAAUUUUUUGUAACGUCCGCAAGAAUUUAUUUAAUAAAUACAGUGAUUGCUCAAAGAA